CGGAAUAUGGGUGGAAAAACAAAAUCGGGAAAAGGAAAAAAACGCGCGAUAAGCAGGAGAACUGGGAGGAGCCGCAGCUGCUGUCUCACCCCUCCUCCUCCUCCUCCUCCUCCUCUUCGCAUGAUCUUUGAAGGGAGAAAUGAAAAAAUAACGGAGUGAGAGCUGCACGCACGGAGGAGGGCGUCGUAUGUUUUUGUAGCCACACGCACAGACGGAGCUCAAAAAGGAGGAAGAGAGGAGGAGAGAAAAAGAGGAGGAGAUCGAGCCAUAAAAGCGUCAAAAAAGGAGGAAAAUAAACGAGAGCCAGGGAGACGAGACCCAGGGGGGUGCCCUUUUUCACUCCGCAUCGGCAGCGCUGGUCCGGGAUGGGCCGCGGCCGGGCUGGGGGACAGUGGGACCGGCUGUGUCGAGGCGGGGCUCCGCCGUGAAGACUCCCCGGUGCUGAUUAAAAACAGCGAACAAAGGCUCCGCGCGCUGCGGGAAAAAACAACACUGCGAUGCCGUUUGACGACCGGAUCAGCGCCUCAUCCGCAACGAGCAUCUAGAGCCCCGCUGCAGGCAGGCGAUGGGAUGAAAAUGCGACGUCACAGAGUAUUCUUGCUUUGCACCGUGGGGCUAUGUGUCAUCUCCUUCCUCCACUACUACAAAGCCCUGCACUACGUCUCUCUGCUACGAGAGCUUUCAGCUCCGUACCCCAACAUCAAGUCCUUCAUCAUGGUGACUGGCUUCUUCUGGAGGGAGAGGGCCACCCCGCUGGCCAGCGCCUCCCCAGAGCAAGGGCCUCCGCCAGCCCUGAGACCAUCUGACACAAGGUCCCAUGUUGGGGGUGGGGUUGGAAGAAUAGGAGGAGAACUGGAACUCAAAAUGGAACCUAAAGCACCACAGCCAUGGGUACAACCUGAAGAACCACAACACAAGGAUGUGGAUCCCGCUGAGAAAGAAAAUGUGAAGUUGGUGUGGCACCCCAGUAGCCCAGCCCGCCAGAGACCAGACAUUCAGAGACAGAUCCUUCCCAGCAUGGCAGCGAAACUGGAACCUAAGCAAGUCUCCACUUCAGACCCCAUCAGGUUACUGGGUGACUUACAUAAGCGCACUUUCACCCUCCAGGAGGACAACACACAGUACUUUGUCAGCACCAAAGCUGGAGCCCGGUGCUUCCGGCAGGGAACAGAGGUGGCACCUCCUAGGGAUGAAGCUGGGACAGGGAAAAGCAGACCAACAAUGUCAGGGGCACUUCAGCGGAAAACAUUGCAAGUUUCUGAGGACUUGAACACUGGAGGAAAAGCAGUGGAGGAGUUAGGUGCCCCUAGGGCGAAGCCCAAGCGGGGGAAACGUCUAGUGAAAUGUGUAUGCCGGCCAGGUUGGCACGGUCCAUACUGUGGCGUGCCCACCAUGGUAUACCACUCCAACCUGCCCACCAAAGAGAGGCUGAUCCCUCGUGAGAAACUGCGUCGAGUCAUCAACGCCAUCAAUGUCAAUCACGAAUUUGACUUGCUGCAUGUUCGCUUUCAUGAGCUGGCCAGUGCCGUUGAUCUCUUUAUGGUGUGUGAGUCUAACUUCACGGCGUACGGCGAGAGACGACCGCUGAGCUUUCUGCACCUGCUGCUUAACGGCACCUACGACUAUGUACGGCACAAGAUCCUCUACGUGUUCCUGGACCACUUCCCCGAGGGUGGGCGGCAGGAUGGCUGGAUUGCCGAUGACUACCUGCGUACGUUUCUCACACGAGACGGGAUGUCCCGGGUGCGGGGCCUGCGGCCGGACGACGUCUUCCUCAUCAAUGAUGCUGACGAGAUCCCGGCCCAGGAGGGCGUCCUCUUCCUCAAGCUUUUCGACGGCUGGACGGAACCUUUCGCCAUCCACAUGCGGAAGUCUCUGUACGGGUUUUUCUGGAAGCAGCUCGGCUCGCUCGAGGUGGUGUCUGGGUGCACAGUGGGGAUGCUGAAGGACGUAUACGACAACGAUGGUAUACGGCUGCGCCGGCGCGACUACUACACCAUGCUCGGGUUCCGCAAGUAUGAAAACGACACGGGCCACAUCCUGGUGCAGUGGUCACUUGGAAGCCCUUUCCACUUUGCGGGGUGGCAUUGCUCUUGGUGCUUCACACCUGAGGGCAUCCACCUUAAACUUGUAUCUGCCCAGAACGGCGACUUCCCCCGAUGGGGUGACUAUGAGGACAAGCGGAACCUUAACUAUAUCCGUGAGCUGAUCCGGACCGGGGGAUGGUUUGAUGGGUCUGUGCAGGAGUACCCACCGUCAGACCCUAAAGAACACAUGUAUGCACCCAAGUACAUGUUGGACAAUUACAAGCAUUACCACUACCUGCUGGAGAACCCUUAUGCCAAGCAGUCCGCGCUGAGUGGAGGGUAAAGCAGAGACAUGUUGUAACUGUAGUUUAUUCGGAUAAUGAGGGGAAAAAAGGGUCCCGGGAAUGAUUUCAGGGGAGGGAGCGAAAAGACCUCUGCCUACAUCAUUUUUCCCCUUUCUCUCUCAUUGGACCAGACCCAAAGGUCACCCACCACCAUCCAAUCAUUGGCAGAAGGGGGUGGGACCAGCCAAGGCAAUGAAUGAAUCAAGCCUUUUGGAGGAUCCUGUGGAGAUUUUUUUUUAGUUUCUGUUGCUGAAUAUACAGAAUCCUAGAGAGACUGUAUCAGCCCAUACAUUUGUGCUGGGUUUGCUACUCUCCGUCUCCUUUUACGUGUGUGUGAGAGAGAGACAGAAAGAGAGAAGGAGAGCAUUGUAGAAAGAGUUUGUGAGUAUGAUUGAAGUUCAUGGUCCAUGCUGCACUCCUAUACUUCUUGCUUGCACAUCAAAUUUUGAAAAAAAAAAAGGAAGUGAAUCAUACAGAUUAUGCUUUUUUUAUGA